GGCAAAGUCUCCACUUCUGAGCCUCUUUUUGAAUGAGAAUAAUUUUUAUGUUAAGUUUCUUCUUUCGACUGGAUUAACGUUUAAUUUACAUUUUUUACAUUUACAUUUAAUUUGAAUUAUGUCGCGGAAGAAUGCAGUAGUGUUCGCUAAGCCUGAAGAGCCUGCUUUUUUAAAGAAAAUCAAAGCAAAAAUUGGUUAUAAGGAAGGACCAAAUAUUGAUACCAAGAAUGAAAAAUUACCUGACGCUUCGGAUGAUGAUUAUGCUGAUCGAGACGAUGAAAAGCCAGUUGUGGUGUUACCCAAAAAUAGUAAAAUAACUGAACAAGAAGCUCAAGAAUUCAUCAAAAGUAGCGGAGAAGAUAAUGCUGAUGAUGGUGACGACGAUGACGAUGAUGAUAUCAGUCGAAAUAAAUAUGAAGAUGAUGAUUUGAAAAAUGAGCCUGAGUCUGGGGGAAGACUGAUUUUCAAGAAGCCGGACAAAACAAGGGAUGUCGAAUCAACCAACAAAGGAGCCAAAAGGAUUAAUGAUGAUAGAUUGUCUUUUCGAUCUAAAACUGCUAAAUUAGAAGAUAAUAGAAAGAAGGUUACAAACAGUAGACUUUUAUCGUUCGGAGAAGAUGAAGAAGAUGAAUGAUCAUUUUUCUCAAUGAAAAAUCCUCAGCUAUUGAUGCUACUCAUUUUCAAUGGUAUUAUCACCUCAUUAAAUAAUCUUUACUUUAUCACAUUCAUUACAUCACAUGGAAGCUAUCAACUAUUCUGAAUUAAAAACUCAAGUCCUCAUUAAACACUACAUACAUGUA